CUUGCUCCCAGGACUGAGUGCAGAAACUAAUCUUCCUUUCUAGAGACCCAGGCUCUCCCAGGACAGCGAGGUCACCAUGGAGAAGUGCCUUGUCCUGUUCCCACUGCUCGUCUUGGUGCUACUGGGACUGGGGUGGGUACAACCUUCCCUGGGAGCAGAAAGCUCGGCUAUGAAGUUCCAGCGGCAGCACAUGGACCCAGAGGGUUCCCCUAGCAACAGUAGUAACUACUGCAACGUAAUGAUGAUUCGCCGGAACAUGACACAGGGCCGCUGCAAGCCAGUGAACACUUUCGUGCAUGAGUCCCUGGCAGAUGUGCAGGCUGUCUGCUUCCAGAAAAAUGUCCUCUGCAAGAAUGGGCAGACCAACUGCUACCAGAGCUACUCCAGGAUGCGCAUCACAGACUGUCGCGUGACGAGCAGCUCCAAGUUCCCCAACUGCUCAUACCGCAUGAGCCAGGCGCAGAAGAGCAUCAUCGUGGCCUGUGAGGGAGACCCGUAUGUGCCUGUUCACUUUGAUGCUUCUGUGGAGCCCUCCACCUAAGCCAGAGCACUGAGACCCUCAUCUCCCGCCUUGUCAUCAUUUCAGCACCUGCCUUUCCCCUCUUCUUUUCUUGCACCAAAGGAAAUUACUGCCUUUAAGGCUCCUGUUCAAUACACACAAGCUUCCCUCUCCUGUGUCCCGCUCGUACAUGGCUUUGGGGCUGAGAGUGGGUGGUCUGUGGGCCCCGUAUUAACUCCUUCACUGCUUCUUUCAAUAAAACAUAGUGGUAGUCACUGGCUUCCUAGA